CCGCCCCGCGGGGCCUCCUCGCCGCCGCCGGGCACGAACUUGGGCCGGCGGUAGGGCAGGGCCGGGGGCGGCGGGCCCGGCCCCGCUGCCGGGGCUCCGCCGGGGCGCUCAGCGGGGCCACCCCGCCGCCAGCGCCGCAGCCACUCGCCCGACAUGGCGGGGCAGGUGCGGCUCCUCCCGGCCCGGCCGCGGUCCCGCCCCGGGGCGGCGCGGAGCGGAGCGGCCCCGCGCUCCGGAACGGGCGGUGCUGCCUGCCCAGCCGUUUCCUGCCCGGGACGCGGCGGAGCGGAGCGGAGCCGAGCAGAGCCCAGCGGAGCCAUGACUCACCAGACCGGCAUCCACGCCACCACAGAAUUAAGGGACUUUUUUGCCAAAGCCCGGAAUGGUUCAGUUCGGCUCAUCAAGGUCAUCAUUGAGGACGAGCAGCUCGUGCUGGGAGCCCACAAGGAGCUGUCCCGGCGCUGGGACGCCGACUACGACAGCCUGGUGCUGCCCUUGCUGGACGAGCAGCAGCCCUGCUACCUCCUGUACCGCCUGGACAGCCAGAACGCCCAGGGCUACGAGUGGCUCUUCAUCUCCUGGUCCCCUGACAGCUCCCCGGUCCGGCUGAAGAUGCUGUACGCUGCCACCAGGGCCACCGUGAAGAAGGAGUUUGGCGGGGGGCACAUCAAGGACGAGAUGUUUGGCACAGUGAAGGAGGACGUGUCCCUGAGUGGUUACCAGAAGCACGUGUCCUCCUGCUCUGCCCCUGCCCCGCUGACCGCAGCCGAGCAGGAGCUGCAGCAGAUCCGCAUCAACGAGGUGGGUGAGCAGCAGGGAGGGUGUGAAACAGGGAGGGUGAGCAGCAGGGAGGGGUGUCCAGCAGGGCUGUGUGUCCAUGUGUCCAGCAGGGCUGUGUGUCCAUGUGUCCAGCAGAGGUGUGUGUCCAGCAGGGCUGUGUGUCCAUGUGUCCAGCAGAGGUGUGUGUCCAGCAGGGCUGUGUGUCCAUGUGUCCAGCAGAGGUGUGUGUCCAGCAGGGCUGUGUGUCCAUGUGUCCAGCAGAGGUGUGUGUCCAGCAGGCCUGGGUGUCCGACAGCCCUGCGAGAGGAGCCUGAGCCCUCUGAGCACAAAGGGCUGGAGGAUGCAGGGAGUGAGCAUUCAUCUAAAAGGGAUGGCUCAUUUUUACUCCACUCUCUGCUGUUUAAACCAUUCCUGCCCUUCUCGAGGUGGAGGAGCACCCUCACAGUCAAAUUGGUAGCACAAAGAGGAAUUUACACUAGGACUGUGUUUUGCUGACAGUCAGAAAUGGUCUGGGGCUGAAAGCAGGUCUCUAACCUGUGGGUAUUGGAGCAAAAGCAGAGCUGAGUUUGAGGAUAAGGAAGGCAGGAAGAAUUCAGGCUUAUCUUUGGCCUGCAGCAGCAUCCUCUCCCAUACACUUCCUUUAUCUCUAUAAAUAUGAGGGAUGCUGUCCCAAGAAAUACAGAUCUUAGCCUGUAUUUGGGGGCUUUUGUGCUGGAAAGGAUGGAAGUGGCACAGGGUAGGGCUGGGGGCACACAGGGCUGUGUCACCAUUGUUCCCUGCUGGCCUUUCACAGCCUCUGUGGUGCUGUGACACACUGGGGCAGAAAAGGGGUUGUGCUCACUGUGUGGGGAGACCACUUGGAAGCAGCAUUUUGUUUUGGGGUGGGGGAAUUCCCUUAGAAAGCUUCCUCUCUGGAGGAGCAUCCCUCUCCUCUGCCUGUGCUGGGGCUGUGGCUCUCAUGGGUGGAUCAGGACAGGAGUGUGAGCUGUGAAGCCAAUCAGCCUCGUGGCAUUAAUUGAUAGCACAGAUGAGGCAGGAGGUUUCUGCCUGUCAAAGCAGGUCAGGGGAUGAUUUCCACUGCCAAAGCAGCUCUGCAGGUGGCAAAGCUGAGGGACAUUUGGCAGAUGCCACCAAGGGGGGUUCUCCAGCAGGUGGGACUUAGGGGAAUUAUCCCAGCUCCCAGCCUGGAGGGCCUGGGCAGAAUUUGUUCUGGGGGAUCCAAGGAGAUGCUCAUGUUUGGAGAAGAGAGAGGUGCUGAUGGUGACUGUGGGCUUUGUUUGGCACCUUGGGACAUCUGGACUUGAUGAUCCUUGAGGGUCCCUUUUGACUCAGCUGAUUCUGUGAUCUCCAUCACCUUGUCUGGCCUGUGCUGCAGGAUUAAGUAGUUUUGGGGGCUGCUGGGUGUGUCUUACAGGGCUGUAUGGCCCAGGUAAGUGGUGCUUGUGAUGCUCAUUGAUCUGCCUCAUUCUCCUUCCCUCCCACCCUUGCCUUUGGGAGAUGCAGCUCUGGAUGGAGGUGCUGCUGCUGUCUGGUUUGUUGGGGUUGUUUUAAGGGUACAGGGUCCCCUGUGUCAGCCUGGGCCACAGGGAGGAGUCACUGACAUUAAAGAGAUGAAAAUGGAUGUAUUUUUGCCUGUGGAUUUGAAGGUGGCAAGCAGCCAAGUGCUGGGUAUGCUGAGGGGUCUCUGUGUUGGUGCCACAGCCUGGCACAGUGAUGCUUCCAGCCUUGUUCAGUGCCUGCAGCUUGCAGGGUCCCCUGUGCACAGGCUCUGGGGGAUGCUUGCAUGUGACUGUUGAGUGUGGAGGAGCAGAUCCAGUGCAGGGGAGCCAGUGGUGAGGGCCAGCAGCUGAGUGUGGAGAGGGGGUGGGAAGGGCAGGGCAGGAUAGCUAAAGGGACAGGUGAGGGGUGCAGGGCCAGCAGAGCAGCCUUUGGCACUGAGCAAGGAAGGACUCAGCUUUGCACAUCCCCCAGGGAGCUGCCCAGCCUUUGGCAAAGCAGGGUUUAGGCUGGGGUUUGAGCAUUGGAUGGGCAGAGGUGAUGUUGUGAGUUAACCCCCUUUUUGACAGCUGGGUGGGAGCUCAUGGAAACUUGCCACCUGCUAUAUAUAUGUAUGUAUUUUUAAGAGCUGGAAAAUGCCAGCUUUACUGAGCUGCUAGCUGUCAGCAGACCGUGGGCUAAGAAACAGCUUUGAAUUUGGCUUUGAGCUCAACACCCACGGCUGGGGAGUCUUUGUAGAAGUGUUGCAGGUUCAGGAACAUGGGUGCAGGGGGAGCUGGGCAUAUCCUAUUGGCAGGCCCCUGGGGCAGAGGAAGGCAGCCUUGGGGCUGGGGGAGGAGGUAGGAGAAUUGAGAAGAAGCAAAGGUGGGGUGCCACUGCAGUGUGUAAGGGGGUGUCCUUCACAGCUGCCCUGCAGUGCUGGUGGUGCCUCACCAGAACCCUCCCGUGAGGACUUUGCCCUAAAACACAGAAAUGCUCCUCAGGCAGGGUCAGCACCGUGCCAGGAGGGAGGGAAGAGGAGCAGAAAAUCUAACCUAAAGAAAAGGAGGUAAAAUUACCUCCCAGGCAAGCCUGCUGCUGGCAAGGUUGGGAGGCUGGGAUGGGGCACAUGCUCAGGUGUCCCGUGCACUGCUCCCAGGCUGUGCCCUGGGGAGUGCUCAGGCAGCCAGUUUUUAAUGUUUCUGAAAAGGGAAGGAGUACGAAAUGCAGAGGUAUAUGGGGGAGUUGAUGUUGCUGGGACAAAUUUGCAUCUCCUGGUGUUUUUGGACUUCAGUGUGCUUUGUGUCAGAGCUGAGGUCUCUGUGAUCCCACUGUAAUUCUCCUGGUCUUCUUGCAUUUAUGGGAGAGAAGGCUGGGGUUCUGGAGGAGCUGGCAGUGGUAAUGUCCUUGUGCUGCACCUCUCCUCAGGGUGGAACCCUGUGAACUUGUGUGUGUCCUGAAUCCCUGGGAGCUUGCCCUCAGCUCUUGCUGGUGCCAGGGCACCCUGGGGGAUGGCAGAGCUGGAGGUCAGCUGGACUUGGUGCCCUUGGACCUGAGCAAUUAUUUCCCUUUCCCGAGAGCUGCACAUCAACACCCUGCUCAUCCUCCAGGCUGCUUGGCAUGGAUAGAGGCCUGGGCAGUUUUUUCCUCACAAACCUUCCACAUAUGCUCCUUAGUGGAGGAUAGCCCACAAGCUAUUGCUGCAAGUGCAGGAACUCCUCCAGCCCUGGACUGGGGCCACCCUGCCUGGGGAGCCAGGAGGAGGUGGGGCAGGGCCGGGCUCUGCACAGGGAUGUUGCUGGAGACCCUGCAUGCCCAGGCUCGGGGCUGCACAGGCAUCUCCUGUGUCGUUUUUUGCUGCUCUCCCUGCCCACAUCGCUGGGAUCAGCCUUCCCUGUGCUCCAGCAGGGCUGGUGCAGCUGCCUGCCCCUGGCACACGCGUGUGUCCCUCCCCUGGUGCUGUCACACAUGUCCCCUCCCUGCAGUGGGUGCCACUGACAGUGUGUCUCCUCUCCCCACGCUGGCAGGACUCCUGCUCCCAAGACUCGGGCACUGAGAUGGUAGGCUGCUCUGCUGCUUGAUGCCCGGUUUCUCCUUCUCCUGGCAGUGUUUUCCUGCAUGCUCUGCUCCGGGCAUCCGGCUCCAUCGUCUCCCCAGGGUGUGGGGGCUGUAACAAAGGGCAGCCUGUAACGAGACCCACCGUGGUGCUGCCCGGUGGUUUUGAGAUCUCAGCUCAAGCUCUUGUGUUUUUCUUGGCAUGCCUUGACUUGUCUCUUCCUUUUCUCUAUCAGGGGGAGGGAAAUGAAGAAAGAAAAAAAAAACCCAUAGAGGUUGGACUCUAUCCAAAAUCCCCAAAACCAAUCCCAAAGGAAAGGGAUUGGUUCACUGCAGAGUAGCUGGGACAGUGUUGCUGGAGUGUUUCCCUGGGAGGGGGUCUUGAGGUGGGAGGGGCUCCUCUGCCGUGGGGGUGACCCCUCUCCCUGUAUUCUGUGGCAGAUGGUGGGGGGCUGUUGCUGCUGCCCAUCGCUGGUAGAGUACCCUGACCCCGAGGAGGUAUGGUGUGCCCGCCGCGUCCCCGUCUCCCAGCCCCACAGGGACCCUGCUGGGCCUGCGUGGAGGCACCUGCAGCCAUUCGAUGUCUCUGCAGUCUCCUUCUCUCCCCUCUUUGAAGCGGGGUUUGGUCUCCUGGACAAGGGGGUUUGCUGGGGAUAUGGCUGGCAGCCUCUGCCUUGUAGGGGUUGUGGGGAGCACAGCGGCCGGGAUCUUUGUGAGCUGUGGAUCUCCAAUCCCCAGCUCUGGCACUGGAGGGAGUGUGUGUCUGCUGUAGUUAAACCCACUGAGGAGGGUGGGGUGCCCAGCUGAGGGCUUCCCUUCCAGGGCUUCCCUGUCACCCACAGGUUGCAGUUGGAGGUGGUUGGAGAGGACGUGUGCCAGUGCUGGUCACAGCAUUCCUGCCAGGGAUUCACUGGGAAACAUUGCUUUUGAGCUGGUGUUUGCUGAGAGUGAAGCAGGAGGUGUGGGGUGCAUGGCUGGGGCCGGGUGGUGUCCUGGAGAAGGUGACAUGGUGACAAGCCACCAUCCUGAGCCUGGCUGACUCUCGGUGGUUUAAUGCCAUGAUCCCUGUGGGACAGGUGUCAGACACCUCCUUGGAUGAGAAGCCUUUAGCUGCAGAAGCAGCUGGUUUUCCUGUUCCUCCCUUCCCCCCUUUGCCACCGUGCCCUGACGCUCGAGGUGGUCUCCAU